AUGGUCACUUCACAUCCUCUCCCUGAAGGCUUCACUGAAAUAGAGGUGUUUGCCAUCGGCACAGCCCUACUGGUAGAAGCCCUGCUUGGUUUCUGUCUGAAUGGCUUGACCAUUAUUUCAUUCCGAAAAAUCAAAGAACUCCGAACACCCAGCAACCUGCUGGUUCUCAGCAUCGCACUGGCUGACUGCGGGAUAUGCAUCAAUGCAUUCAUUGCUGCCUUUUCCAGCUUCCUCAGGUACUGGCCCUAUGGCUCCGAGGGCUGUCAGAUUCAUGGAUUCCAAGGUUUCUUGACAGCACUAGCCAGCAUUAGCUCCAGUGCAGCAGUUGCCUGGGACCGGUAUCAUCACUACUGUACAAGGAGCAAGCUGCAGUGGAGCACGGCCAUCUCCAUGAUGGUGUUUGCGUGGCUGUUUGCUGCCUUCUGGGCCACUAUGCCCUUGCUGGGCUGGGGGGAGUAUGACUACGAGCCCCUCCGAACCUGCUGCACCCUGGACUACAGCAAAGGGGACAGAAAUUAUAUCACAUUCCUUUUUGCCCUGUCCAUUUUCAAUUUCAUGAUCCCGGGCUUCAUCAUGAUGACAGCCUAUCAGUCCAUACACCAGAAGUUCAAGAAAAGCGGGCACUAUAAGUUUAACACUGGCUUACCUUUGAAGACGCUGGUCAUUUGCUGGGGUCCCUACUGCCUUCUAUGUUUCUAUGCAGCAGUUGAAAACGUGAUGUUCAUUUCACCAAAAUACCGAAUGAUUCCUGCCAUUAUUGCCAAGACGGUGCCAACCGUGGACAGCUUUGUGUAUGCCUUGGGCAAUGAGAACUACAGAGGAGGAAUAUGGCAGUUCCUCACAGGACAGAAGAUUGAGAAAGCAGAGGUUGAUAACAAAACUAAGUAACCCAUUACAACCUCAAGCCACAUUAAUGCAGGUACACCAGUGAAAGCAACGCAGUAGAGGAAGACAUGUACACUGUGGUAUGUACAUGCAAAGGUGAUUCCACGUUGAAAAGGCUGUGCACUGACUACAAGCAAUGAAAGAAAGCCCCAUGGAUUACUGUUGAAACCAUCAUGAGCUGCUUGUCAAACAAGCUGCCACAAACCUGUCUUG